AUGCAAACACACACACUUUCAUCAUCUCCACCACAAGACAUUUCUUCGACCAUCUCUAGUGUUAAAAAUAGAAAAAGCUUCUUUGAAUCCUUUUCCUCAUCCUCCAAUAAUAAUAAUCAUUCAUCUCCUUCUUCUUUUACUCAAAAAGAUUCAAUUCAAGGAGGAAAUAUUAAAGUUAAAAAACUAUUAUUCGAACAAGCACAUUCUUCUUCUUCAAAUAAUACUCACUCAUAUAAAGAAGAAAUGAUCGAAAAACUAGAUAGAAAAAGAGAAUCAUCUGGAGACUCCAUGAUAAAGAAAAUUCAAAGUCAACUCACAGAGACCACAACUUGCAGCUCCAACAUUCAUCGAGUACACAUUGAUGUGACUGGCAAUAAGGAGACUUUUGAAAAGUUUAAAAAUCUUGAAACGAAUCAUUCCUGUGAGACACAGCGCAAUAGUUCGACACAUUCAACAAUUGUUGAUGUGAGUCAUAGGAAUUCUGUUCGUCUUGAAAGUGAAAAAUAUGAUCAACAAGUCCAAGAACUAUUAUCCUCAAACAUUCCCUACACUUACAAGCCAGUAGACUCGAAAACAUUGUGGAGAAGCUUCCCGGUGCACUCUACAUCUAGCAUGGACUCGUGUGACAUCAAUCAAAUGAACGAUCUCAGUCAUGUUAGUGGACCAACAAGUACAGCACCGAUCAUUCCUGUGCAUUCGAUUCCAGAAAAGACAAACAUUUACAUUCAUCCAUUAUCGGAUGAUGUAGUUAUUGACAUUUUUGAUGAAAAUGACCAACCCGUAGGACAUUCCACUGCCUUUAUAACUGCCUAUGGAAAGCCACCAGGGAAAUAUACUGCACAUGCCUAUUUUCAAAAAUCAAACAACAACAAUGAGAGGUUGCCUUUGCAACAAUUUGAUUUUGUUAUCGAUGAGAAUGGACGUGUUUCACCAGAUUUUGUAAAUUUAAAUGUUAAGAGCACGAAAUUUGAAUUCAGAAAGAUGGAUCAACCAGUGGCUAACACCGUAGCUGAAUGUUUGUUUUCUCAUCCAUGGAAUCAGAGUGGCGAUUCAACAUUCAGGUUCAAAACAUGUACGGACGAAGAAGGUUCGUUUUCAGCAGUACUUCCAGCAGGAUCAGUCCAAGUACAUUUACCUGAAAUGAAUAUCUUAACCACCAGUCACAUUGUUGAACCUUUACCUAUUCAAAACAGAGAACAAGCAAUUAGAAAUGUUCGACAAACAUUUACUCAUAGUGAAGACGCAACAGUGGCAGGCUCAUCCCUCACGUCAGAAGGAGAUGUUGUGGUGUUGGGAGACAUUUCAGAGUCUAUGGCGGGAGACCCCUUGCAAACGCUUGUGAAAUGUAUGAAACUCUUUUUGCAGAAAGCACUUGAGCGAAAGCAAAGAAUUGCAUUAGCUGUUUGGUCUACCAACUGUUAUUGGUAUCAAAAUGGAGCAUUUGUUGAUGAGAAUACAGAAAACUUACAGCAAGAGGUUGAAUCAUGGAUCUUGGAACAAUUUCAUGAUCACGGAUCACCAACUUAUAUGAAGGCUUGCUUAAAAAACACCAAGGUAUCAAGAACGUGCUUGUUAUGUGUGACGGAGAUGUUGGAAAGUUAUCAACGAACGGGGCUUGGCCAAACUUCAUCAGUAAUUAUCCCAACACGAGAUUCCAUUUCACUGCCAUUGGAAAAGGAGCAAACAAAAUGUAUUUGGAAAAGAUGGCUCAAAUCGGUGGUGGUAACUUUGAGUUUAGUGAUAUUUAAAGGUCACAGCAACGGUGCAGUUUGUUAA